AUGGCCGUUCGAUACUCAGCAGAGGUUCUGCUGCAUCUGCGGGAGUCGCCGCUAUGUACCAGACCAGACAACCUACCUCCGGUAGAGGAAUGGAUGGGCCCUGCGCCUGAACAAACGAGGACCCAGGGAACAAAGACGGGAAACGAGAGGUCAAGAGCGAGCGAUUCGUCCUUGCUUGAUCAAUCCGUCAGACGUCCUCUCGAGCGCCAUGUCUCUCGGAACAGUACAAACCCCGAUGACAUCGUUUUUGGGCCUCCCCGCACAGCUUUCUCUUCCUCCAGAGGAAGCAAGACUCAAGAACAUGACAAGACCACGCGCGACGCGGACGGCCAGGCACGUGGAGCUGCCCGGAAUCGUGGCGACACAGACGGUGACCGUUUCCGCGACACUCGUUCCAAUCAUUUGAGACGACGCGGAGAAGUCGACCAAGACAAUGAUGGGUGGAACAUGGUCAAGCCGCGCAAGAGCUUUGGCACCGAGGGAGCCGAGCGUUUCCACGGCAAGAUGGGCGGCAACUUUCGCGAAGAUAGACGCCCACCUAGAGAAGGCAACAAGGACGAUCGAGAUGGAGCACGAGAAAGACCUGGUCGAGCCUUUGACUCGUUCACGCGGGAACGCGAUGCUGUCGAAUCCGACGGGCGGUCACGAAAUGGUCUCGGCAGAAACAAGACUGACAACUGGCGGGCCACGGAAGGCACUGACGCGCCGCCGCCUGCGCCGGAAAAGCGAGAUCGAGACCGGACCAAAAGCUGGAGAGAGAGAGAUCGUGACGCGGAGCCGCCGUCCGACGAUCGCAAUGCCGGCAGGGCAAAUGACCGUCGUUGGGCCCGUGACCGCGAUCACAAACCAGAGCGAGAGCCGGAAUGGCUUGAUGAACCUGCCGAAGCCCGUGAAGCUCACACGCAGCAGGAUUUCCAGAAAUGGAUGGAGCAGAUGAAGAAAGCCAAGAGCGGGUCGUCCACCGUGAACAAGCCGUUGGCUGAUGCCACGCCAGAGGCGGCCAAACCAUCGGCGUCAACUCCAACUCCAACCCCGGCCGCCGAGCCCGGCCCCGACAAGUUCUUCCUGGCUUUUGGAGGGGGUAAAGCAACCUCGGAUGGCGCAACGCCGGGGGAGCAGAAGGAGUCUGCGGCCGCCAAAACCAAGGCCUCUGGCAAAUCUUCCCGAUUCACCUCCUUCUUCUCGCAACCCCAGGGAGACUCUCGGCCACGAACAGAAGCUUGCACCCGCCUGACGGGCCCGCCGGCGAAUGAGCCUCUUCCUGCCGUGGCCGUGGCCCCGGCUGCGGCCCCUUCUGGACUUGCCGCGCUCUUGGGGCCGACGUCAUCUCCGGGGGCAGCACAAGGCGCUGCCCCUGAGGAGGAACGCCAAGCUUUCAAGCAGCUGCUCGCAAAACUACAAAAGGCGUCCAUGAGCGCCACGCCGCCGGGGCCUUCCCCGUUUGCCGCCCCUCCUGCCCAUGGCAACCCCCCGGAUGCGAAAAACAGCGUUCUUGGCCCCGCAGAGCCUUUUCUGCACUACGGCAGCAGCGGUGUUCAAAGAGACGGCUCGCUAGGCCGCCCCCCUCCUCAGCUGCCUCACCAGGAGAUCCUUUCUCCUCGUCCACAGCCGCAAUCAGCUCGCCCUGAGCAGCUCCUUCAGGACCUUGUUGGGCAUCAUCAGCGGGUGUCCAGUCAAGGAUCCGCGAGCCGGAACGAGCCCAAUGCCGCCCGCAACAACAGCAACACGGAGUUUCUGAUGAACCUGAUGAGAAUCGCCCCGGAUGCGCAGCGGCAAGAACACGGCCGGGCCCCGUCCCAGCCUCAGCCCCAGCUCGCAUCCCAGCUACAGAAGCCCUCGGGGCUAAUGCCGUUUGGCGAUCGCGAACAGGAGUUUGGCGGCCGCGAGAAUCGGAACCAUGUCCGCAUGCAGCCUCCGCCAGGCUUCCCCAUGGACGAAGCGUUCCACGGGGCUGCUGACCGGGAUGCGCGCCAGAACCAUCCGACGCAAAUCCUGCAACGACCUCCCCCCCCGGGGCUGGAUCAGAUGCCUCCCAACUGGAUGUCGGCUGGCGGCCAAUUGCCGUCCCUUCAACAGAGAGGGCUCAUGCUUCCACCCCCGGGGCUUGCUGGUGGGAUGGGCGUGCCCAACCGAAACAUGCCCCUACCCCCGAUGUUUCCGCCCAACUUCCCCCCCGGGGCCAUGCCGCCGCCGCCGGAUGCCAUGGCGGGGAUGCCACCGCGAAGCAUGCCGCCUCCGCCCCCGGGCUUCUUCAACGGACCGCCACACGGGUUCCUGCCUCCAGGCUUAGGCGGGUUUAAUGGGCCCCCUUCAGGUCCCGAAGGAUUCACGGGUUCACCUUUUGAAGCGAGAGGAAUGCCACCACCUGCCGGAAGCAAUGGUCGUCCUGCGAAUUACGGCCGACCAUGA